AUGGGCUCCUACGCAUCAAAACCCAUCGCCGACAAGGCAGACACGUACGCCUCCUCCUCCGAGCAGUACAACGAGAAAGCCAAGUACACCAUCAACCUCGACCGAUCCACCACUCACGCCUCUAGCAGCAAUGGAACGAUCAACCACCAUGCAGCUGACCGUCUUGCUCGUAUCCAAGCCGAAACUCUCAGUCGUUCCCCCAAGUCCACUGCCGUUGAACGCAAAGCCGGAAUCUCACUAUCCUCCCUUCCUCAAUGGCAGAACUCUGCUUUAUCCAGCACAGCAUCCCGUCUGGCACAGAUGACACUCCACAACGCCUCCAUCUCCGCCUCGCUUCACCGCCGAGACGUCGAAGUCUCCUGCGCAUAUAUUUUCUCCCAUGCCAUUCCUUACGAGGUGAAGCCUGUGGUAAACCAGCGUUCCUCCGGCCGAUGCUGGCUCUUUGCUACAUGCAAUGUCAUCCGACAUCAAUCUGCCAAGGUUCUCGGAUUGGACGAGUUCGAACUCUCGCAAAGCUAUCUUUCGUUCUACGACAAGCUGGAGAAAAGUAACUACUUUUUGGAGAAUAUGAUCGAGUUAGCGGAUGAAAAGUUAGAUCAGCGAGUUGUAGGGUUUCUCAAAACUGCACCUACCAACGAUGGCGGGCAGUGGGAUAUGGUUGCCAACUUGCUCGAGAAAUAUGGUAUUGUGCCUAAGAGCGUUUUCCCUGAGAGUUACAACUCGAGCUACUCUAGGGAGAUCAACUGGCUCGUCACUGUGAAGUUGCGCGAGUACACGCUUGAGUUGCGACAGAUCAAGGAUAAGGUCGCCAGCAGACUCGUCAGUCUCUACGCACGCGAAGGCAAACAAGCUAGCAGCGAAGAAAUCGCUCAAACAGUCCGACAAGCCCAGCGGGCGAGGAAAGAUGAACAAAUGGCAGAGGUCUACCGACUCCUUGUUAUCUCUCUUGGUACUCCUCCUCAGCCGGAUACCAAAUUCACGUAUAACUACAGAAACAGGGAUGGAAAGUUCAUCUCCAUCCGCAGCACACCCAAGAAGUUCCUAGAGGAAUACACAGGUACUUUUGACCACCAAAAUCGCUGUUCGUUGAUUCACGACCCCCGUCAUCCCCCCAACCAGCUCAUUACCGUUGACCGAUUGGGUAAUGUUUGGGAAGGCACACCCAUCAGCUACGUCAACACCACUGUGAAUGUUAUGCGUCAAGCUGUGGUCAAGUCGAUUAAGGCUGGUCAUCCUGUUUUCUUCGGCUGCGACGUGGGUCAGUUUUCGCACAAAGAAAGCGGUAUUAUGAACCAAGACCUUUUGGGAUACAGCGAGGCAUUCAACAUUUCCCUCGGCCUAACCAAAGCUCAGCGCAUCGAGCUCGGUGAGUCUUCGAUGACGCAUGCAAUGGUCAUCACAGCGGUGCACAUCGACGACAAGACAGGAAAGGUGGAGAGAUACCGAGUGGAGAACAGCUGGGGUGAGGAGGGCGUGGGUAAUGGGAAGGGUUUCAUGGUUAUGAGUGACAAGUGGUUCGAAGAGUUCAACUACCAGGUCGUGGUUAGUAAGGAGUUUGUUCCCAAGCAUCUGUGGGCACUGUUCAAGAAAGGAGUUGGUGAGGAGACGAUCAGGUUGCCUCCCUAUGAUCCUCUCGGUGCCUUGGCUUGA